AUGCGUUUCGACGUCGUUCUGACCCUCGCCACCCUCCUCGGCUCCACCGAGGCCCUCCGUCGUAGCUGCCGUAAGGCUGGCGCGAACGACGGAUGGUACUACACCGUCGGCUUUGACAACUUCAACAACGUCGCCGCCGACUUCUGCACUAGCCCCAGCGUCCUCAGGUCGUGGAAUCCCAACAUCCGCGAAGUCAGAGCCGGCCAGAACCUAAAGGUUCCCUGCCAAGCUGGCAGGAAGAAGCGCGACUGCAAGAAGAACUCCGCCCUCGACGGCGCCUACGUUGUUCAGUCCGGCGACACGCUGGACCACAUUGCUUCGGAUUUCUGCACCAACUCCGACACCCUCCAGUCGAUGAACUCCGGCCUCAUCAAGAACAAGGAUUUUAUUCAAAUUGGCUGGGUCAUCCAGGUCCCUUGCAGCUGGAACUGA